AUGGCAUCAGAAUUCACUGUCAACCAUAUUAAUGUUAAUGACAUACAUCCCUGUUAUGAAGUACAUAAUGGCUCUUACAUCCUGAAAGGCACCCCUUCUACGAUAUGUGUUUUAUUAUUUAUUUUCUUUGGCUCAUUAUCUGUUGUCACAAUAUGUGGAAACCUUCUUGUAAUAAUCUCCAUCAUUUACUUCAAACAGCUCCACACUGCUACAAACUCUCUCAUUCUCUCUCUGGCUGUGGCAGACCUUCUUGUUGGUCUUGUAGUUUUUCCUUUCAGCAUGGUAUUCUCUCUUAGCUCAUGUUUGUAUUAUGAAGAUUUAUUUUGCAAAGUACGAGGAAACUUCGACGUAACACUGAGCACAGCUUCCAUUUUGAAUUUAUGUUGUAUUUCCAUUGACAGAUAUUAUGCAGUGUGUCAGCCUCUGAACUAUAGAACUAAGAUAAAUGUUAAUGUUGUUGUGGUCAUGAUCCUGGUAAGCUGGAGUGUUUCUGUUCUAGUUGCCAUUGGCUGUUCAAUUCCAGGAUUAAGUAAUGAAAAAUGUGAAGAAAACUGUUUUAUUGAUGUUCUACUUGCAAACAUUUUGGGACUUAUUUUCUCAUUUUAUCUCCCAGUGAUCAUAAUGCUCUGUAUCUACCUAAAGAUUCUCUGUUUUACCUUUCAGCUUUUGAAUCACGUGUCCGUGUUUGUUCCACUGUUUGAAACUCUCAACUGGUUUACACUGUCAAAUUCAAUGCUCAAUCCAUUCAUUUAUGCUUUCUUUUACAGCUGGUUCAGAUCAGCUUUCAGAAUGAUCAUUUCAGGAAAAAUAUUUCAAGGUGAUUUUACGCACACAAAACUGCUGUGA